AUGAAUCGAUCGCACGACAGAAGGAAGCCCUUUCAGGGCAAGCACCGCCAUAAAGAUCUCCGUGAGUUCAAAAACCAGGAGAUCAAAAAGUCCUUGGUCCACAGAGCUCGUUUGAGAAAGAACUACUUCAAAUUGUUGGAGAAAGAGGGUGUACCAGAAAAUCCCAAAGACCUAAACCAUGAAGACGGCGUUCAAGAAAAUACAGAGAGCUCGCAACAAUUGAGCGAAGAUAAUGAUUCACAAUUGGAGGAUGAAGCCUCGGAUGAAGAGAAUGAGACGUCGGGAAGCACCGCUAAGAGAGGAGCGCCACUACCUAGUCAAAGCACAGAGAAGCAAAUGGCCAAGGAGCAGGAAAGACGGAAGCCCAUGAAUUUCGCAGAGCGUGCUAAGCUUGCCAGAGAAAGAAAAGAACAACAAAGACAAGAGCAGCUCGAUCGUGUUAGAGAGAAACGCUCUAUGAUUGAAGAAAGCAGAAGAGUCAGAGAAAAGAAGAAGGACAAGCUCACUCAACGAACCAGAAGAGGCCAGCCUGUUAUGGGCCCAAGAAUUAACGAUUUGUUGGAUAAAAUCAGGAAGAAUAAUUGA